AUGGUCGCCGGUGUCCAGGAUCGCAGUCGAUUUGUAAUCGAGAUGGCUAAGAACGAGGUAAGAGUUCGUUUUGGAGUGGGUAGGGUUGUUUUGGUCUUUUACUAUGUUUACUGCUUCAGCCAUGUCACAUCCUGCAACGUAGUAGUGUUUUUUGGUCAUAUUUACAAGUUAUUUUACUUUUUUUGAGAUAAAAUGAUAUAACACAGUUUUUUUUGUAGUCAAAAGACAUUCCUGAUGCAAACUAGGUUAAAACGUAAACAGUUUACAUUAGAACCUAUUAAGACAUUACUUUUGUUGAUAUUUGGUGAUUCAUUGCCCUUUUCUUUUGCUCUCCAGCUGAUUGAUCGAAAGGUAAUGUAAAUUACAAUCUAAAGACAUUCGUCAUACAGCUAUUAAAGUAUGAUUCACCAGUUUUAAGUCCUGAAGACAUACGUUGUCAACAGAAAAUACGAAAAUUUAAAUAGUAAAAAGAGGUCAAAAAGUACAGAAAGGAGGUUAAAAAAGUAAUGUAAUUGUCGAAUUGUAGGACAUUACGUAAUUGCUGUACGAUUACAGCGUUUAUUUUUACUUUGUAAUCUCAAUAACCUUUAUAUAUUUAGCACAGUAUACAAAUUGCAUAGUGUACAAUCUCUUUGUAUCUUCUAGUGUGUAUUACUUUCCAUAGAAUAACAUACUUUAAUGUAUCUUUAACUUUAGUGUCAACGAGCACGCUUGCCGUCUUCAUAUGGCCAGGAUUACUAUCCCCACUCGUCAUUGGUACGAAGAGCACGGUUGAUACGACGAUCCACUACGAAUCAGUACUGUGAACACCUCAAGAAGCUACAACAAGAAGACGACACCGUGAUCAAACAGAUUCUCAUCAUCAAGUUGAAGCAGUCGACUUCAAUCAGUGACUUCGACAAAAGGUGUGUCAACGAUGUGACGUACGAACAUGUGCCUGUGAUUGACUUUGCAUAUCCGCCGGUUGGCAAUAACGCGGCCAAGUUCCAGCCGGCUAUCUUUUACCCGGACUUCAUGAAGUAUUCAAAUGUGAGGAAGGAGGAUCUGGAGUCGUACCCCGUCGUUCUGACCGACGAAAAAGGAGAACGGUAGGUCACAAUAUUGAUAUAGGUCAGCCGGGAUUUUGUUCAUUCCUCUAAGUUAUUUGUGACAUAUAGAUUUGAAUUUUCAUUUUGAUUUAUAAGUUUGAAUAACAAAUUAAGUUUUGUUUCAGAACGUUCGCCUACUGCUACAAGUUUUUGCCCAAGAAACGAAGUUCUUCGAGCACUCGAGAUCAGUCGAAAAUUGAAGGUAAGUAUAGUUUAACUCAUCGUCUACUAAAAAUAUCACAAUAUGUUUAAACUUAUUGAUAAACUAAUACUCGUGUAAGCAAACCAUACUAAAACAAUAUCACUUGUUUCCAGAACGAUGCUCCGUCCUUGUGCUGGUCUCCCACCUCCCCAACGAAUGUCUGUUCCAUCAACUGGCUUCGGACUUUGUGACCAACUACCACAAAGACUCGAGUCGAUUGUUCUCCAUGAGCAAAGACCUACUCGAACUUCGAAUGGCAGACUCUUCUGAAGCCCUGAAGAGAUCCAAAUACGUUGUGAGCCGAGUCGACAGUCGAUUCUCGCGGAGCUUGUGUAGCCUUAUCGAACAGAUUGGAGUCGAGAAUUGUGUCUUCGGGUUUCUAUGUCUACUGGCAGAGAAGAGAAUACUGGUCACUGGGUCUAAUGUGAGUUAUGACUGAGGAAAUGUCUCUUAAAUUUAAAUACAUUUGUAAUAAAUGAUGUAUUUUUGUAAUCUGCUUCAUAUAAUGAUACAUCAUAUAACUAAUAUAAACCAUCCUCUUGCAGGUGUCCGAUGUAUCACGCGCAGUACAGUCCUUUGUCAGGAUGCUAUCUCCAUUAGAAUGGCCAUACACGUUGAUACCCGUCGUGCCUGACUCUCAAUCUGAAUUGUGCUACAAUCCCACUCCUUACAUCUGUGGUAUAUUACGGUACAAUUUGAACAAACUUCGAGAUUUACUAUGUCCUCUACCAGGCGAUACUGAAGACGAGAUAGUGAUCAUAGACGUGGAACGAGGCAUUGUGCUUCCCUGUCUGCCACUACAAAACAUAAACAACAGCGAUAUGAAGUACAAGGCGCUUCUGAAUUGGACUCACAGCAUGGGAUUCCCGAAGCCCAUCGUGAUGGACCUUCUGUCGUCGUUAAAGAGUAUCUUCCCGGUGAAAAUACCUGCAAAGGCUGACGAAAAGAUCGAAAAGGUAAGGAGUAUGCAUAGUAAAACAAAUUUAAAGAACGCGUCACGUAAACAUACAAGAUACUUUGUUAUAAAUGUCUUAAGAACACAUUUUAGAAAGUAAUGACGUGGUAUGCUCGAAUAUUUGGACAUUAUACUGUAUUUGGAGGCGCUCUGAUGUCCACAAGGAAUAGGAAGAAGCUAGCCUUGGCUCACCCAUCUCCCGACACCAGGGAGAUGCUACAGUGGUUCACAGAGACGGGUAUUCUACAGUCCUUCUUUUUCAAUCAUGUAAGUCAACUUAUCUACGACAUAUUAUACGUCAACUGUGAUAAUAUUUAAAAAAUAUAUAAACAGUAUUUAAAAGUUAAUAAUCCUAAUUUUCAGACAAACAAAAACUAUUUCUCCUCAGACAUUGACCGGUUCCAGUCGAUUCGGAAGAAGUACGCGCCUCCGGUCGAUAAAAACGGGAAACGCAAAAAGGCCAGAUCUCUGGUCUGGAGGAUAUUGCACCAUUAA